AUCAGAGCACGCGAUUUUGAAGGUCUCGCUUUGCUAUUGGCUCCCUCUAGUGUUCAUUUACGGUGCGAAGCUACGACGAGCAGUAGACCUUCCUGCAGUACAGAAGAAAAAUACAUCCAUGGCGUAGUUCAAGACACUUUCUAGGCGGCUAAAGACCUGUCUUGGUAAACUGACUCCCAAGCUCGCGGGAAUUUCCCUGCAUUCCCAACUACACACAUCAGCCUCUGUGGCCGUCGCCUUCACUGCUUCAUCAAACGAUGCUGAAAUUUCUAACUUCUAAAUUCAGAAACCAGUCCUUAAAUGAAGUCAGGCCUUAUGAACCUCAGGGUUUUUUACGACAUGAGUCAGAUAUGGAAGGUAUGGAACGAUCCGAGGAUGAAGACGAAGAGCUAAGGAACUUAAACCUAGAAGGCUCAGUUUCUCUCAACAACAACAUAGUGGAAGCAGAGGAAUCAAAUUCAAAACCUCUCGUUUUAAACUUUAAAGAAUGUCCAUCCCUAGACCAAGAAAACCUUCCCCCACCUUUACAGACCGAAGGAAAAAAGAUAGCUGGAAUAGACGGUAGUACAGGAUUUUCACCGAUUGACAUACCACACACUACAGAGGAUUGCAAGAAUCUCUUGGCUGAAAAACGAAAGUGGUCUCAAGUCAGCAACAAGCGCUUUUUGCAUCAGCUUGGAUCAGGGAACGAUAGCUCGUCAGAUGACGAGAUAAAAGAACUUUUUUCGACUAAAACAAGCUCCGGAAUAUUAAGCUCGAGCCCACCCGGUAAAGUCACGGUGUUAUCAAAACAUUCAGCAUUUUGCGCCCAAGUUCGACCAACAGACGGACAUUCGAGAAGAAAGCACAGAGUUAUUAUUUGCGACGAGCGACCGUCACUAAACUUCGAGAAAAUGCAGCAGAAAACAUUAUUGAAAAAGUACCCCUAUGGUGUCUCAAGACCAAGAGCAAUUAGAAUAAGAAACAUGUCGCAGUCCAAUAUGAAACAUGGGUUCAGUUAUGACCAAGCAAUGCUGGUGUUCAAACCCAUUGCCAUGAAUCCCUCAUUCAACUUAGCACCAGUAGAAGAACCUGGAAUCGUGUUCUGAGCAGAGGAAAGCACAAUAAACAUGGCUGACCUAAUCCAUGUCGCACAAUGGUCAGGACCUACAUAUCUAUCGUGUUUUUAGGUAAAUUACAAAACAGUGCAUAAUCUAGACAUGUAUCAAUCCCUUUUUAGGGCUUUUUUGCAUUGAACAAUAAUUAUAGCCUUACCAAGAAAAAAGUUCUUUUUCUUUAAAACAUUAUAAGUUUCUUUUAGAAACGUGCUAUUGUUGCAGCAUGUUGGACUUAUUAAGUCCAAAUCAUAUAUUGCUUUAGCAUGUUAAAAUUUUGCCAUUUAAUGGUAUACACUUACAUAGAUAUCAAAAAAAGCAUUAUAUUACAGAGUGUGUUUGAGGUCUUAGAAAGCUAUUGUUAUAGUAUAUUUCAAGUGCUUAUCUUAGGGGAACUUAUAAAGCGUGAUGAGUAUUAUUUUUAGACUAUAUUUUGACACAGUGUAUGGUAUUAUCAAAACCAAAAACCAAGUUWAAAAAAAACAAGUUUACAAGACAUUAUGAUAACCUACUAGUAAAGAUGAAUGUGAGCAAUGCCCACUGUAAAUAAGAUGUUGGCAAACAAAAUCUUAUGCAGCCUACGUACUGUCAGACCACUUGCUGACUACAAAGGUGUGGAUUGUCCAUAUUCACUUAAAGUAAUCCAUGGGAUUUACUUAGUUAAGUUUGGUUGCCACGGUAGYACUAAAGUAUUCCUUUGAAUAUACCUCCUUGAUGAAUCAUAGAAUACCAGUCGUUUGAGGAUCAGAUAUUUACUGAAUUGGAGACAGACAUACGAAUGUUGGUAGUAAGGGAAAGCUUUGGUGUAAAAACCUGUAGAUGCGAGAUCACAAAUAAUUAUAGACAAAAAAUACAACUAUUCAAACUUAAGCUCAACUUCACAAGAGAACACACAAUAGAGGUCUUUACACCAAGGUAAACCUGUAGCUUAAGUUUGGGCACAGUCACUCAGAAAAUAGAACAUGCAUGCAUGAAAUAUUCACAUACUUUUACCAUUUACUCAAAAUUUUGCCAGCCUACAAAAUAACCUUUGUAUUUAAACGUUUUUCUACUAAGAAAUUAUCAUAAUCCAGUCACUUGUUCUUAAAUCACUCUUUACCUGACAAUUCAUUAUUUUUUUAUGGUUUUGAUUACUUUCUGUACUUGAAUAGUUCAGCACAAAAUCCAAAUGGAAUUCUUACUUAGCUGCUUAAAAAAGGAAGCUGGCUUUCUUUUAACUAUUGUAUAGAAAUGAACUGUUGAGUAAGAAAUGGGUGCUAAACUUAUUCAGUUUAAAUCUACUGGAAUACAGAGAAAGGCUGUGCAGAAUUUUUUCAAUCUCACCUCAAUUUAUCUCAGUAUUCUGUUCCAUUCAUCUUUUAUGUACGAAAAGAAAUACCAACGAACAAAAGAAAAACUUUUUUUGUUUUUUAGUUUGCUCCAAAAAAGAGGUAGAAAAGUCAUUGUGUAAAUAAGAUACACACAAUUGUGAUUAUACUCAAAAGGACUCUGCCUGUUUUAAUUAUUUAGGAUCUGUUACAUAUGAAACUUUUAAGCUGACUCUUGGUAACCAUGUUUGGAGACAAUAUAGUAUCGAUUAAUGCAGCAUUGUUUAACAUACUCCUGGCACUGAAAACCUUUCUUUCAAAGAAACUUUGAAAAACCAGAAUAGCUUCUCUGCCAUCAAUACUGAAACUUGAGUUGUUAAGACAAAGUUCACAAAGAAGUGUUCAGUGUGACAACCUUUGUGAAAGUGCCAGGUCCUGUGCAGUGCCAUUGGAAACAAGUUUCACCUAAAAGUUUUACCAUGUAACAGCACCUAAAGACUCUGCCCAAAUGUUAAAUGAUAUGAUCAGAAAAGCUUUCUUUCUGCAUAAUCGCUGAUUAUUUGAACUGUCUUUUUUUGCAUCAAAGCUUUUAGACGUCUGGGUUUUAAUGCUUGUGAGCCAAAUUUUCCUAAAUUCAAUAACUUAGUCAAUUGAUGGAUGCAAUCCAAGAAAGCAGAAGAUAUGUUUCAUGUCUGAAACCUUAUGGAUCAUAGAAACAUAAGAACAACUUGAGCUUGAUUUGUUGAAAUAAUUGUGUUGAUUGAAGACUGAUUAUAAAAACUUUAUAUCUUUAUUAUGGCUCUGGAAAACAUCUUAACUUUCAUGACAAAAAUUACUGAUCAAAAAAUCAUUUUUAGGAUUAUUUGUAUAGAAAAUAUUAGGAUAUAUGAAAACUCCCUUACUCUAAAGUUCUAAUUUCUAUAAUGUAAGUUUGGAUGUUUUCUGGGAAUGCAGCAUAGUGAUCUAGUUGGACUGGGUGGGUUUUUUCAUUUUAUAAACAGUGCACUUGCUUUUGUGUGAAAAAUACUUGGAAUUGAGUUGCUCUUUUGCCAUGGUAUUAUUGUUGUGCAGACAUUUUAACUGGACCACUCUCACCGAGUUAAACAGUUUGUUAACUUUGUAAGAAACCCUUUGUAAUACUGUUCCGAGUUUGCAUGUCCUACAUAUCGCACAGUUUGAGCAAUUAGUCCCCUCUACAAUGUCCUACAUUACCACUAGUGAGACCUUUUUUCUCAAAACAUUUUUCAACAUUUAAAAAUUAAAAUAGGAUGAAAUUAAUAUCUUUUCCUUGGUGACAUAAGUUUGUGAAAGAGCUACUCAUUUUCCAAGAUUCUUGAUAGUUUGAUGCAAAACAGAUUAAUAUUUAUCAUAGAUAUUUAUAUAUUAUAAGGAUUUUGUAUAUAUAUUUUUUAAAGACGGAGAGAGCCGAGUGAGAGUGCCAGUUUUGAGAGGGUAUUUAUUCACCUAACCGAGAAUCUCUCUUGAGAUUUAGUUCUUACUCUUAGUGUUCAUUACAUGGCAACCAGGUAUUUGACCUGUUUAUUAAUAAAUAAAACACUUUACAAAUA